GGCUGUUGUUGGGACACGUGACUUGGGCUGUGUUUUGACAGGGCAAACAGCGGAGAAAGCCCGAGUGUGAGGGGAGACUUGGAGAGAGCCGAGCGAAAGCUGAGCGUGCGAGAGCUUGUGGGGGUUGGGGGAGUUAGACAAGAAAAACGAGGCGGGCGGACCCCGACUGGGUCCAAAGAGUGACCUAGCCUGACCUAUUGAACCGGAGGGCCAGGGCAGGGGAGGAGAACUCGGGAGCCUGAGGCGAGGUGCCGGGGAUGGAGGAAGAGGAAACAGGCAGGAAGGAGGAGUGAAGAGGGGAGGAGAGAAGAAAGAGGAGGCGCAGGGGGGCGGGUGAGAUUAAGGGAAACCGAGGAGCCGAGGGCUCGUCAGUCUCUGGCCCCCACUGUCCCUAGAGGCAGCCGCGGGGGCCUCCUCCUGACUUUGCUGUGGGCCCCUGCUCCAUUUGGAGUCAGCCUUCGGUUUAAAGCGAGUGAGCGUGAGCGAGGCGGGGACAAGGGGGAGGUGGGAUGUAACCCGCUGGGCUCCAGGCGCAGAGGCGGAGAGUCCGUCUGUCCGUCUGUCCUUCAGUCCGUCAGUCAGCAGAGGUCGAAGAGGGGGUAGGGAGGAAAAGAGGCAGCGGGCAGCUGGAGCAGAGCGCCAUGAGAGCCGCUCUCCUGGAGCGGCAGCGGGGGCCAGCGCUGCGCUCAGUGACUGGGAGCUGAAGGGAAGCUGGGGAGUGAGGCCUGAGGUGGGGGUCUGAGUGGUCAGGCAAGAGCCAUCCCCCACACCUCACCCCACCCCGAGAACCGGGGUGUGGAGCGAGCGCCCGGUUGUAGGCACCGGGACCUAAAUGAACCUCUGAAAUCUGAUUUCCGACCAGUGACGGGAGGGGGACCGACUGGACAGAGGGGAAAGAGAGUUGGCCGGAGGUCCACUCGGGCCGGGAGGAGUUUGUUUAGUGAGCUGGGGGGGAGGCGGGGUUGAGAGAAAGUCGAGGAUGGCCCUUUCAGAUCCUCUCAUUGUGUGAAGUAGACUGUGGUUGGCUGGGGGAGGGGGACUGUGGAAGGAAAGGUUGUUCUAGACUGGGGUUACACAAGUGAGGGGGAGAGUGUGUGUGUAUAUUGGAGAGCUGUUUGUAAGCGGGGGUUGGAGGGCUUGAAGGGGGUUUCCCUUCUGGGAAACAGGUAGAAGACUUGAUUCCAGCCAUUCCCAGAGGUUUCGGCUCCGGCCAGCGUCGUUUUCCAAGGGUUUUAAAAUCUAAUUAGGAGCUGCUGUAUCGAUCCUGUUGAAGAAGGAACCCACAAGAGUAUCUUAUCUAGAAUCCUGACUGAGAAUUGAAGGGAAAAUGAAGCCAGACCGAGAUACACUAGAUGAAUACUUUGAAUAUGAUGCAGAGGAAUUCUUGGUCUCUCUGGCCUUGUUAAUUACAGAAGGCCGAACACCUGAAUGUUCUGUAAAAGGUCGAACGGAAAGCUUUCAUUGCCCUCCAACUCAGUCAAGUUAUCCAGUAACAGCAAAACAUGAAUGCAGUGAUAAACUGGCCCAGUGUCGUCAAGCCAGACGAACCAGAUCUGAGGUUAUGUUGCUUUGGAAAAACAAUCUUCCAGUUAUGGUAGAAGUGAUGCUACUUCCAGACUGCUGCUAUAGUGAUGAUGGGCCUAACACAGAGGGAAAUGAUUUAAAUGAUCCUGCAAUUAAACAAGAUGCAUUAUUGUUAGAAAGGUGGAUCUUGGAACCCGUUCCUCGACAAAAUGGAGAUCGAUUUAUUGAAGAAAAGACCCUUCUAUUGGCUGUGCGUUCUUAUGUCUUUUUUUCUCAGUUAAGUGCUUGGCUGAGUGUUUCCCAUGGUGCUAUUCCACGAAAUAUUCUUUACAGAAUCAGUGCUGCUGAUGUUGACCUACAGUGGAAUUUUUCCCAGACUCCCACUGAGCAUGUAUUUCCUGUUCCCAAUGUUUCUCACAAUGUGGCCUUGAAAGUCAGUGUUCAGUCCUUGCCUAGACAAUCUAGUUAUCCAGUCUUGACCUGUAGUAUUCACACUAACAUUGACUUUUAUGAAAAAAGAAUUCAAGAACAUGAACUGAAAACCCAUCAACGUUAUAAUUCCAAGGAAGUAGAGCAGUGCAAUAUGCGCAGUUCACAUCUGUGUAGCAAACAGACUUGGACUUUAGUACCUGAAGGUUUGUUACGUGCAAAAAAAUCCAUAACUCCAGAAUUUAACACAACUAUCAAAAAUGUCAAACCUUGUUCAGGUGUUGGUCAUGAUUCUGACCGUGGGACAUCUCAAUCAAGUGUGCAGUGCUUUAAUGCUACAGGAGAUGCAAAAUCAUUUGAAACAUCAGUGAAAACUUUAAAAUCUUUGUCCUGGGGUGAUCCCAAUGUUUCUAGUAGCCAUAGUUCUCGGCAGCCUACAGGAGAAACCAAUCCUUUAAUAGGCUCUUUAAUUCAGGAUCGACAAGAAGUCAUUGCAAGGAUUGCUCAACAUUUGAUUGAUUGUGAUCCAACUUCUUCACGUGUUUCUGGGAGUCCAUUCAACAUGCAAGAUUCUAGUUCAAAAAUUUUCCGGAAUUCAUAUGAAAAUGAAAAUUUAUUAAAGAAAAAUAAGGAAAACAGCUCAGUUUCCUUUGUUAGCCCAGAAUAUACAUCCUCAGAAAACAAUGGUGAAGGAAAAAUAAAGUUAAAACCAGAAAACUUUCACUGUGAUUCUUAUGUUUCCAGUAAUGUUUAUUCUCACCAAUCUAUUGGUGAGACUAAUCCUUUGAUAGGCUCUCUACUUCAAGAACGCCAAGAAAUUAUUGCAAGGAUUGCCCAGCACUUGAUUCAUUGCGACCCUUCUGCAUCACAUAUCCCCAGGCAUUCAUUCAACAUGAAUGACUCCAAUUCUGUUCAUUCAAAAGUUUUUCGGAGUUCAUAUGAAGACAAAACUUCAUUAAAGAAAAGCAAGGAAAACUCUAUUUCCUUCUCUAAUAAAGAUUUGUCCUUGUCCGGAGACAAUAAUGAAAGCAAAAGUAUAAUAAUUACUGAUAAAUCUUUUAGUUCUUUUAAAUGUAAUGAAUUAAAGACACCUUUAAAAACUCAAACCAGAAGAAAUGCACAUCAGGAAAAUCCUAGUGAAACUAUCCAAAGUACAUUUCAACAAACACAAAAUAGAUCUUCAAAUUUGUUGUCUUGUUUAAAUAUGUCAUAUAGCAAAGAAAUUAAACUAGAAUCACCAAGCCAAUCAGAAAACAUACUUUCCAGAUGUCAGUUUAAAGAUCACAAAAUUAGUAGUGGAGUUGAUAAACAAUAUUUAAAUUCUAGCAAUUUUGAUGAACAGAUAUGCAAAAAUAAACAUAAGGAAAGAACAGUAAAAAGUGAGACUAGCAAUCCAGAUUUUUUUCACAACCACCAAUUAGAUGAUUCAAAGACACUUGACAGUUCAGUGAAAUCUCUUGUGUUGUCAGCAGCUGAUCAUCUGCAUAAACAUGAGUUCAGGUGCCCAAACAAAGACCCUAAAACAUCGAAGGCUUGUGAGCCAAAUACUCAACUUGUUAGCAUAGAAAACUGUCAGAAAAAGGACACUGAGACAUUCAAAUGUUGUAAAAGUAAGUUAGAGCAAUUCAAAACGGAACAGGAUGAGAAUGAGGACCCAGCAGAUGAAGAAUCUCAAAAAUGUUUUCAGAGAAAAAUUAGAGAAGACUGUUCCUCUAGGUGUGAACGACUGAAAAAUACAGAGGUGCUGAGAACUAUAUCAGUGAAGCAUUCAAGUGUUUGGCAGAAACAUAAUUUUCAUUCAUUAGAUGGAACCUCAACCAAAGCCUUUCAUCCUCAAACUGGAUUGCCUCUUCUUUCAAGUCCUGUUCCACAAAGGAAAACACAAUCAGGCUGCUUUGAUCUGGAUACUUCUUUAUUGCAUUUGAAAAAUUUGUCAUCCAGAAGUCCACAACAGUGUUUAAAUAUUGAAGAUGAUUCAGAUAUCCAUGGAAAACCAUUUUUGAGUUCUAGUGCUCCACCCAUAACCAGUCUCAGUCUUCUAGGAAAUUUUGAGGAAUCUGUCUUGAACUAUCGCUUAGAUCCUCUAGGCAUUGUUGAUGGUUUUACAGCUGAAGUGGGGGCAAGUGGAAUUUUCUGCCCUACUCAUAUGACCCUUCCUGUUGAAGUGUCAUUCUACAGUGUUUCAGACGAUAAUGCCCCUUCUCCUUAUAUGGGUGUGAUUACUUUAGAGUCCCUUGGUAAAAGGGGUUAUCGAGUACCUCCUUCAGGAACAAUACAAGUGACCUUAUUUAAUCCUAACAAGACUGUGGUGAAGAUGUUUGUUGUGAUAUAUGACUUGCGAGAUAUGCCAGCCAAUCAUCAGACAUUCCUACGACAAAGAACUUUUUCUGUACCUGCAAAAAAAGAAAUGAAGAGAAGUGUUAAUAAAGAGAACAUUCGACAUAAUGAAGAAAAGUUACUACGCUACCUCAUACAUCUGAGGUAGCAAUGUGAAAGGUUUUGGCCAAAACCAGAUCCUCUGAGGAAAAUCUUAUUAACAAUGAAGAGUACCGUACAUCAAGAUCAAAGAAAAACAUCGAGUUUUUCUCUCCUAUCAAAUAUGGCACAAAGCUGAAAUCUGAAACAAAGGAUUCUCCAGGGAUCAAAACUUCCUAGUAGGUAACAGCACAGUCAUGUACUAAAGACAUUAUCAAAACUCCAGGAAUGACCUAGAAGAUUGAUCAGAAUUCAGUCCCAUGUUCUGUGAGGCCACUUUAAAAGACAUAAAACAUAACUGCACAAUGAAACAGGUCAGUGCUAACUCACUUGGAACUCCUUCAAGGACUGAGAUCUAGGACUCAGGGUCUGAAAGUGAAAUCCUACAGAUAGUCUGGUAGAGAACUAAAGCCCUCCUAGGAGACUAGAAGUUUUUGAGCCAGGCUACCCCAGGAUCUGAAGCCAUGGUUGUCUGGUAGGUAAUUACAAAAAGAAAUAAGACAAGUGCAACUCACAGUCAAGGGAGGACCCAGAAGGUAGUAAGAACCUGCCAACUACUAUGGGAGGUAGAACUUGUAUCUAGCUCCUGGUUCCAUGCCUAGACUGUAAUUGCAGUUUAGGGCUUUAGAAGAAGGAGGGGGUCUAUCCCCCAGGCAAACUCCCACUAAAGAAUUUAAAAAACAUCUCUUUCAAUAUUUUCAACAGAUAAAGGACCUAGACCCAGUACAUCAUCCUGCUUCAGAGACAUGACUUUGGUCUAGUCACUCUAUCCACCAAGGCAGGAAAUAAUAGAGCUUGGCUGUGGCACAAAAUCUAAACUAAAGACUAGAAACUGUAAACAUGACAAGUAGGAAAACUUCAAAUAAAUAAAAUUUUAAAAGAAAGAAUCUCAAGAUGAAAUCUUUGAAGGUAGUUAUUGAACAAUUAUAAGCUGAGCCUCAGGAAAAAUGGAUGGGCUAUAAGGACUUCAACAGUAGAUGGAAGAAAUUCAGGAAGAGUUGAAACAAGACUUUUAAGAUUAUCCUCUUUUCAAGUAAUCUAAUUUUAUUUUAAAACAGUUUUAAAGCAAAAAGCAAACAACCUGAGCUAAGUAGUCAAUAGUCAAUAAAAUAAAAAAGAAACAUAACUCAGUGAUUUAAUGAGACAACAAGAAAUAUUAGAACAAAUUCAAAAGACUCAAAAAUUAGAAUAACAAGGAGAUAGCUAUUUUUAAAAAGAACUGACUGAAAACAAGAUUGGAAUCCCUGCAAAUUAUAGUUGUCAGACAACAAUAAAUUCCCCUUCAUACUGAUUUCAAGAAACCAUGUAAGAAAACUGCCCAGAACUGUUAGAGCCAGAGAGCAAAUUCACUACUUAAAAUAAACCAUUCAGAAAUAGCAUAAGCUAAAUUCUGGAUUUUCAAGUUAAAGAAAAAGCAUCCAGGAACAAAGUAGUCAAAUACCAAUGAACUAUAAUCAGAAUUGCACAAAGUUUAUUAACUACAAAAAAAGAAAAAGAAAAGACAGAAAAAAACAAGAGAAUUAAUUCACAAUAACCUUCUGAAAAAGAGUUCCACAAGAGGGAGAAAUUGACCUUGAUCUUUACUAAAAUUGAAUUUCCUAGCAAUUUUGAUUGAGAAUCUAGGAAUUAGAUGUAAUUUUUUUCAAGAGAACAAACCUAGUAGAAUAACUGUUGCAAGGCUCACUUUUGAUCCCAGUUUAAAUUCUCCUUGAAAAAAUGGGCUUCUAAUUUGGAACUAAGCCCAAAGAGCUAUCAAACUGUGUAUACACCUUGAUCCAACAGUGCCUAUACUGUGCCUGUAUCCCAAAGAGAUCAUGAAAAAGACCCACAUGUGCAAAAAUGUUUGUAGCAGCUCUUUUUGUAGUAGCAAGAAACUUGAAACUGAGGGGAUUCCCAUCAGCUGGAGAAGGGCUGAAUAAGUCAUGAUAUUUGAAUGUGAUGAAAUACUGUUCUAUAAGAAAUGAUCAGCAACAUGAUUUUACAAAGGUCUGGAGAGACUUACAUGAACUGAUGCUAAGUAAAGCGAGUAGAACCAAGAGAACGUGGUACACAGCGACAAGAUUAUACAAUGAUCAAUUCUGAUGGACACGGUUCUUUUUAACAACAAGAUGAUUUAAGCCAAUUCCACUAGGCUGCAUGCAGAGGCUAUGGAGAAUGAAUGUGGAUCACAACAUAGGAUUUUUACUUUUUUUGUUGGGGUUUUACUUCCUUUUUGUUAAUUUUUUUUUCCUUUUUUGACCUGAUUUUUCUUGUAGAGCAUGAAAAUUGUGGAAAUAUGUAUAGAAGAAUUAUAUAUGUUUAACAACAUAUAUUGGAUUACUUUUGUCUAGAGGAGGGAUGGGGAAAAGGGAGAAAAUUUUGGAACAGAAGGUUUUAUAAGGGUGAAUGUUGAAAAUUAUCCUUGCAUAUAUUUUGAAAAUAAAAAAUUAUUAUUAAAAAAACUAAAA